AAAACGUUUUACGUCAAUACCCUGACAAACGAGUCCCAAUGGGAAGUCCCUACGCAACCUGCCCAGGGUUCCAGUGAGCAAGUGCGUUGUAGUCAUAUACUUGUCAAGCACUCCGGAUCCCGGCGGCCAUCGUCGUGGCGCAGUCCCAACAUCACCCGAAGCCGUGAAGAGGCAUUGGAUAUUCUCAAUGGUUAUAAGACUGAUAUUGACUCAGGAAAGUCGACCUUCAGCGAAAUUGCCACACUAUACAGUGACUGCAGUUCUGCAAAAAACGGUGGUGACUUAGGAUUUUUCGGCCGUGGUCAAAUGCAGAAACCCUUCGAAGAUGCAGCCUUUCAACUCCGGCCCGGUGAAAUGAGCGGACCCGUGUAUACGGAUUCGGGCAUCCACCUUAUUCUACGGACCGCUUAG